GACUAUUUAAAAUCACCUAUUCUAAAAAUGGCUUUCCAAAAAAAAUUUAAUAUACGACUCCCACCUGAGGUCAACAGAAUUUUAUAUGUUCGUAAUUUACCAUAUAAAAUUACUGCAGAAGAAAUGUAUGAUAUAUUUGGGAAGUAUGGCGCAAUUCGACAAAUUAGACUCGGCAAUACUCCGGAUACGAAAGGUACAGCUUUUGUGGUUUACGAAGAUAUUUUUGAUGCCAAAAAUGCGUGUGAUCACUUAUCAGGAUUCAAUGUUUGUAACCGGUAUUUAGUCGUUCUUUAUUAUCAGACAACCAAGGCUUUCAAGAAAUUAGAUCCAGAGCUAAAAGAAGAGAAAUUGCAAAAAAUGAGAGAUCAAUUUGGAUCAGAAACACCUGGGUUAUGAAUAGAGAAGAGGAGAUUAUUUAGAUUUCAUAUGUUUAUAUACAUUAUAUUUGAUUAUAAGAAUUAGGAAUAAAUUAUUGGGAAUUAAAAUUUUUUUGUAUCAUAAUCCUUAAAUACAUUGAUUGUUUAAAAUAAUGUAUUUUUUUGUCAUUUACACCUUCUAUAAUUAAUUCAGGCUUAAGGUUCCGCAUUAAUCUUAUUAGC